AAAAAAAAAAGACCAUCAGGGGGUUCUAAUUUUUUUAUUUUAAAUCGCUCCAUGUUUCCAACGCUCGCCGAUUUUUAUCCCACCACGGAAAACAUUGGUCCGUGAGUCGCAUCACGAGCCACCGACGCAGGAGUAGGCUGCACACUUCAACCAGCAUGGGAGCAUAUGUCGUAUCGCCAUGCCUCCAAGCUUGACUGGUUCCGCCGGGCGCACCAAGCCGAGCGCUUCCUCGAGUCCCGUCGGAGCGGCGCGCUACUGACGAUGCGUCAACAGUCAAGAUUGACUGCUAUACCAUUCGCGAACAAGUCCUUUGCUCCCAACUCCCAAGGAAAGACCUUUGUCCCGUUGGUGCGGGUCAGAUGCCCCGUACUUCAACUAACCUGCCGGCCGCUUUCCCCUACACUCAACAGAACCAGUUCAUCGUAGGCCCGGCGCUUCCCCCCUCAUUCUGUUGUGCCCAGGAUCCUUCGCGCCUGCUGCGAUCUGGAUUCGGAUGAUCAAUCGAGCAGCUUUUCGUCCGGUUCUUCCUGGAUGAUCCUCUAUCUGGUUGGGGAUUUUUCUUCGAUCGGCUUGUCCUCUUAAGAGCAGAAAGAACGCUGCAAUUUCUUUGACACACAUCUCCAAGUUCAUCAUUCUCUGUCUCUGCUCAACCAAUAAUACAGACUUCAGUCACACAUAAAGAAAUGGGUCACACCAUUGGAGUUGCAGAUGAUGAAAUAGCAGACAUACCAUGUUCAGAUGCUUCACCAAUUCUGACCGAAUAUCACAUCACAGUCCCUACCCUUCACGAUGGACUAAUGCAAGGGGCAGACCAGCACGAGAGACGGCUUCUGGAUGUCCUCAAAGCAACGCCUUCAGUGCAAUGGCUGAAGGACAUCAACGUCUGCGGUCCACUGGGAAAAAUUCAGCUGCCAUCGAUCGGCGUCCACCGCUACCUCCAUGUCCACUUCAUCAGAACAGUCGACUGGAGCUCACUGCUCGCCAUCUGCAAGAACCACCUCAAGCAUCCUCUCAACAUCGCCCUACUCAUCUGGCUGCUCUGCGUCGCCGCCGCCGGCGCCAUGCUAGGACUGCUCCUGUUGGGGCUGCUGAACAAGGCAUUCCCUUCCAGGGCCUUGAGGCACCACUGGAUAGAGAUCGACAACCAGAUCCUCAACGCCCUCUUCACGCUCAUGAGCAUCUACCAGCAUCCCAUCCUCGUCCACCACCUCGUUCUCCUCUGCCGGUGGCGGCCGGAGGACGCCGCCCAGCUAAGGAAGGUGUACUGCAAGAAUGGCGCCCGCCGUCCCAACGAGCGAGCGCACAUGUCCUUCGUGGUGGCCCUCCUCCACGUCACCUGCAUCUCGCAGUACAUGGAGUGCAGCCUCUACUGGGGCUACCCAAGCAGGUCGCGCUCCGAGCUCGCGGAGAACUUCUUCUUCAUCCUCGGCGUCGCCGCGCCGGUCGUCGCCGGCGCUCACGCGGUGUACAGCCCUCUAGGCAGAGACGACGACGCCGCCGCUGCCUCCUGCGAAGAGACCAAGCAGCUCCACGCAGCCGGAGCCGAAGAAUCGCCGGAAGAAACGACGGUGGUCGGCAACCCGAUGUGGGCGGGGGAGCUGCUGGACUGCGGCGAGGACCCGGCGGCGUGCUACCUGUCGUUCCUCUGCACCUUCUGCGUGUUCGGCUGGAACAUGGAGCGGCUGGGGCUGGGCAACAUGUACAUGCACACGGCCAUGUUCCUGCUGCUGUGCGUCGCGCCCUUCUGGGUGUUCAACGUCACGGCGCUCAGCAUCCACGACUACGCCCUCAGCGAUGCCUUCGGCGCCGCCGGGGUGGUGCUCUGCUUCCUCGGGCUCCUGUACGGGGGCUUCUGGAGGAUGCAGAUGAGGAAGCGGCUCGGGCUGCCCCGGAGCAGGUGGUGCUGCGGCUCGUCGUCGCUGACGGACUACGCGCAGUGGCUCCUCUGCUGGCCGUGCGCGCUCGCGCAGGAGGUGCGCACGGCGAACCUGUACGACCCGAGGGGCGACGGCGGUUUCUACGGGAAGCUGGUGGACGGCGGUGACCCGGAGCGAGGGCCGGACGUGCCGGUCUCCGCUGAAGUGCAGGAGGUGGUCGGCGGUGUUGUCAAUCCGACGGUGGACGGCGAGAUGAUCCCGCCCGUGCAGCCGGUGGUGGAGUCUGGACGGCAGAGGCAAGCCGGCCACGAAGAAAUUGUUGCAAAUGGCAGUAGCGUCCAGCUCAAAAGUUGACCGCAGCUGUUGGAUGGUGACUGAUGCUGUAGAGUAUUCGCAAGCUGACGGAUAUAUUCUUCCUUUUUGGGGGAUCGAUGUCACCAUUUUGACAUUGUUAUGCUCCUGGUUUGUCAUGCUCUGCACGGGACUUUAAGUCGUUAUAAGUCAUUAGUUAGUCCAAUUUUAUUCAGAUCAGCUACCUUGACACUCCAA